AUGGACAUAAUGAGAAAUUAUUGUCGAGAUCCUGUUUUGUUUGAUAUCAGAUUGAAUAACUUGGAAGAGGAUGUUCUUGUCAUUAAGGGAUCACCUGAUGAAGCCCCAUCGGUGCUGUUAGCUGGUACUAUUGUACUUUCCUUAUCAGAACCUGUUCAGAUUAAGAAAUUGAAGAUUAAGUUGGUCGGUGACAUCAAUAUGAAAAUAUUCGAGGAGCCGACUUCAAAGACGAAUGAUAAUUACUCUAGGUUUAAAAAGAGAAUUUUUGAACACUCUUGGGAUGAUGUUGACAUCGAUUCAUGUUUGGGUAAUUUACAAUUUGAUAAUUCAGUAGCGGAUCCGAUUAUUGAUAAAAGGCGUAUAUUGAGGCAAAAGGCUAAAUCAUCUACCUCAUUAGUGAGCGCUUUCGCCAGAAAUAAAUUACAAGGUGUAAAUAGUUCAACUGAUAUAUUCAAUCCAAUUGGCUCUUCACACAGAACUGACGCAGCCACUAAGCAUAUCACUUUAGUGAAGGGAAAUUAUGAGUUUCCCUUUAGUGCUAUUUUACCAGGAUCCUUGACAGAAAGUGUUGAAAGUUUAACAAAUGCGAAUGUGAUAUACAAGUUAACAGCAACAUUAGAGAGAACUAAAAAUGAUCCUGAUAUUAUAACGGAGAAACACUUAAGGGUCAUUAGAACAGUUUCACCCGAUACAGCAGAAUUAUCAGAAACAGUAGCUGUCGACAAUACUUGGCCCGAAAAAGUGGAAUAUUCAAUUUCAAUCCCGACAAAAACAGUGGCAAUAGGGUCUACCAUUCCUAUUUCUAUAUCUAUAGUACCUUUGCUUAAAAAUUUAAAACUUGGCCAAGUGAAAGUGGUUCUUAUAGAAAAUUCCCAAUAUUGUGGACAUUAUGGUAAUAUACAUAACCAGGAAAGGGAAGUAUGCAGAAUAAAGUUAAAAGAUCCUCUUAACCACAUAGCUGCUUCGGUAAACAGUGCUAGUGAUGGCUCUGAUGAUCUGGAUACUGAGUAUAUGAAUUUUCAAGAUAUAUGGGAAGUUCAAUCUGCUUUGAAAAUUCCUCCAAACUUGUUGAACUGUUGUCAAGAUUGCACUGUUAUGAAAAACAUUAAAGUUCGUCAUAAGUUAAAAUUUGUUAUUUAUUUGAUUAACCCAGACUGCCAUGUUUCUCAAUUACGUGCAUCUUUACCUGUGCAAAUAUUUUUGUCACCUUUCAUUGCUGUUACAGUCAAAAGUACAGAACCCGAUUGGAUAACUGAUCAUAAAGAUAAAUUGAUUAACACAUAUUCAUCAAGCGGAUUGGAUAAUUUAUACUAUGAAAAACAUAAGAAGGUUAACGAUAAUGAAAGCGCUGUGAUAUUCAGUAGGGCAACAUCAGGAGUCAAUGUCGCAGAUAUGUCCGGUAUAGAUGAUCAUUCGGUAGUGAGCAACGGUAAUCUAACGCCUAGAGCAGAAUUGAUGGUUCCUCCAAAGUACGAGAGAUAUAUGUAUGAUCCAGUCUAUUCUCCAGAGUCAUCAGGCGUAAAUACUCCAAUGACCUCAGGAAUGCAUUCUCCGAUAUCUAGAUCUAGGGGAGCCUCGUUUUUAUCAAAUCAUACGCUUGAACACAGUUUCUCACCUAUGCAUUUGCAGAAUAUGAAUUUCUUAAAAACUGAACUAGAACGUCCAAGUGAUAAUAAUUUCUAUUCAUCAGCCUUUUUGCAAACUGGAAAAUCUCAAAUAAAUAGUGAAGGUUUGGACGAAUUAAUCCAGGGAUCAAAUAAUAACACAAAGGUUGCAUCUCCAUUAAUUAAAAACGCCGAAUCAUCCACGGAUAUUAGCAGUAACUUCCUUCCAACUAAUCCAUUUUCCUCAAGUUAUAGCUGUAACUUUCUUAAUAAUAUUAAAAAUGUUCAACCUGUUGAUAUCAAUCAAAAUAUUCAGAGUUCAAAGUCACUGAUCAGACCAGAUAUGGUCGACUUGGAUGCUUCUCCGCCUUCUAAUUGGAAACCGCAAGAAAUGAAUAAGGUACCGACGUACGAUACUGCAAUGAAAAUCACUUCAAUCGGUAUGGAAUUGCCGCCAAUUUAUCCAAUUCAAGAUGCUAGCAGUUCAAUUCCAAUCGAAUCUCCUAAAAGUGCUAAAAUUAAGUCUGAGUCUUACACAAACUUAAUGUUUCAUCGUAACCAAAGGAAAAGUCCUCCGUUUUCUUUACUAAGGUCAAAUAGCACUCAACUUAAAGAUGUUAAGAAAAGUAGAAGGCCAUUCAAUAUAAUAAAUGAACAAUCUCUUUAUAAUUCUGAUUCGAUGGUUUCAUCCAACACAGAAAUCCAUUAA